GCAAAGCCCAAACUGAAGUUGCUCCAAGGUCCACCUGCAGACCAACGAAAGGGAAACAUUUCCGCAGCUUCAGGAAUCCUCACAGCUGAAGACUGAAUCAUCAGAAGAGACUUCACGUUUUCAAGACUAUGCAAUCACACUGUAAACUGAAGCCUUCCAUGAGAAGUCUGUCCUCCAAGGGAGUGACCUGCAGCAGCUUUCUUCUCUUCCUCCUCCUGGAUCUGUCCCAGUCCUUCUCCCAGCCCACCUACCCAUGGAAGGAUCCCCACACGCGUGAGAGGCUCGAGUGCCAGCAGUGCCCGCCUGGGAAAUACGUGUCACGUCAUUGCACCCGAGAGAGCAAGACGGAGUGCAAAACUUGCCCAGACCUGCACUACACAGAAUACUGGAACUACCUCGACAGCUGUCUUUAUUGCAACGUCUUCUGUAAUUACAUGGAAGAGGAGGCCCAGCCUUGCAAUGUCACCCAGAACCGGGUCUGCAGGUGCAAGCCGGGCUAUCACUCGGAGCAGGAUUUCUGUAUAAAGCACUCCAAGUGUCCGCCAGGAAGCGAGGUCGCUGAGCUGGGCAAUCCGUAUGAGGACACGAAAUGCAAGGAGUGUCCUCAGGGGACCUUCUCCUCCACCUCCAGCAUGAACCCAUGUCAACCGCACCGGAACUGUUCUGCGCAAGGCCUGGAACUCAACGUCCCCGGCAACCAGUUUCAUGAUACAUUGUGCACUGCUUGUAAACUGAAGAAGCCCAACGGGACUGCUGAUGGAUUAGAAGAUUGGCUAGGGAAUGAAGAGUGCCAAGAUGCCUUCAUUGACUUCGUACCAUACAAUAUUAAGUCAGUCAAAAGGCUGCGGUGCCUGAACCGUAUGUUCGGCAAGAGCUCCCGUUUGGCCAGCAAUGCGAGAAAGAGCCGCCUACAGUUCCAGGCUGAGCUCCAUGCGCGUCUCACCGUGCUCAAGGACCGGGGGAGAAAGCACCAGCUGCUGGAAAUAUUGCGAGACGUCUACCGGCAUAAAAUCCUCCGCUAUCCGCAUAACAAGUGUUUCUUCUUGUGAGAUUAACAAUGCAAUCCUAUGUACAUCUUUUUGGGAGUGAGUGCUCUUGACUUCAGUGGAACUUACUCCCAAGAAUGGUGCAUAUAAAGGAUUGCAACAUAAAUGUGCUGUUAUUUUGUAGAAUCAUAUUGUUGGAAGAGACCACAAGAACGAACUAGUCCAACUCCAAUGCAGGAAAACCCAAUCAAAGCCUCCAGAGAUGGAGACUAACACACUCCAAGGCAGUUACACAUUCCGCUGUUGAACAGCUCUUAUGGUCAGAAAGUUCCUCCUAAUGUUUAGGUGGAAUCGCUUUUCGUGCAAUUUUAAUUCAUUUGAACCCACUUCUUUGUCUUCUGGUUUCUAUUUAUUAAUGUAAACAAGUGACCAAAAGACACAGAGUCAACAACAACAACAACAUGACGCGCCGGUUGAAAUUUCAAUGUUUAAAAAAGCAAGAAAAGAGUGGUACGGAUAUUCCUCUCUUCUCUUCACCUGACCUACCUCAGAGG